UGUUCUCUCCUCAUUGUUUUGUGCAGUCAUGGCCUCCUCUCUUCCUCUCCUCCUGCUGCUCCUGUGCACUCUGAAUGUGGCUCAUUCUAACAUCAGGAUCUUUAACCUGAGGGCCACCGGUCUUCCCUCUGACCUGUUCGGAACCACAGACGGUUACGUCAAGGUUUCCUUUGCUUCAGUCGGUCUGGGGAAAACGUCAGUUCAACGCAACACCGUCAACCCGUGGUGGACUGAGGAGUUCUCCUACUUUAACGCUGAGGAGAAUGACGUGCUGAUGUUUGAGGUUUUCGACAGCGACCUGAUCUUUGAUGACCUGCUGGGAGUCUGCCAGCGUCAGGUUAAAGUGGGCACCCACAGUUUUGACUGCUACCUGGAAAAACAAGGCACCUUCCAUUACUCCUACACCCUCCAAGGACAGAGGCACGAGUAGUUCUGUUGUCACAAUACCAGAAUUGUAAACUCCAUUGUACCCUCGGCUGAAACGAUGUGUGUAGAAGAAAUAAACAGCACAUGUUGUACAAGCA